AUGGAGGGAGACGGCAUCACCGGCAAGAGAAGGGAAGGUGCUCGGGAAGAGGGAGGGAGCAGCGCCGCCAAGAGACUCAAGUGCAGCAUAGAGCCGGAGGCCUUGAGUUGUGACGCGUGCGCCCGGCCCCUCUGGCCUCCGAUAUUCCUGUGCUCCGAUGGGCACUUUUUGUGCUCGUCCUGCCGCGACGAGCUGCCUGAAGGCAAGUGUUGUGAAUGUUCCGGCGCCCUCGCGCGCAGCCACGGCAUGGAGCGCGCCGUCCAGUCCGUCCUCGUCGACUGCGGCCCCGGGUGCCCCGAGGAGGCCGCCGACUACGUCCACGGCGUGCGCCACCGGUUGAUUUGUCCUUUCGCGCCGUGCGAAUGCCCGGAGCCCGGCUGCGGCUUCGCGGGUCCGCAUCAGCAGGCGCUCCGCGUGAAAAUAGAAAAGACCCCAACAACAUUUUUAUCUGGCUUCGUCAAGUGGCCGUCGACGACGUUCCGGUACUGGGUGCCCUUCGAUCUGCGCGUCGUCGAACCGGGCUCGCACGUUCUCCACUGCAAGGACGACGGGCAGCUUCUCCUUGUGAGCGUGCAGCCGGCGGCGGAGACGCACGGGUACGCUGUCUCCCUCGUCCGCGUUCAGCACAUCAACAUCGCUGGGUGCUCGGUGUCCUUCUCGUGCUCUCCGCGCCAUCGCAGCACUGCGGCGAUUGCCAAUCUAUGGCCCUUGUGGUGUGCUGGUUGGCCGCCGGAGCAGCACGUCUGUUUUGUGCCCAAGGCUUCUGACGGGCCGGACGCCGCCGCAGGUAUCGUCCUCACGAUCAACAUCACAACUGUUGACGAUGCUGAUGGAGAUGACGACCCGGACGACAGUAGCUACGUCCAGAGCGACGAGGAUGACGACGGUGAUAGGCUGAUAGCUCGUGAUUGGUUGGUUCGUCAGUGA